UGACGCGUUGCCGUCGCGCAGUUGCUCAGUUGACGCCGCGUGUCCCGGGCUGGCUUCCGAGGUGCCGCCAGUAGUUAUUGGACCCUCUGAAGACCGUCCCUGGAUCUCGGGCUAAAAAUCUGUAUUCUAAUCUGAACUGUGUGAAGAAGGGUUAGCUGGUGAGUCUUGGCAAACCAGAGUUCUGGAUUUUGUGUAGCGGAUUCCUGAACAUACUGGAUUUACUGGGUAGUGCCAAGUUGAAAGGGAAGCAAGCCAAACUCCAGGUUGGUGAUAUUCCUACUUGAAGGACAUCAUGUUUUCCAAACUAGCACGUUUGCAGACUGUUGCUGUCCUUCGUGGAUUUCAUUCUUCAGUGGCUUCUGCUACAUCUGUUGCAACUAAAAAAACAGUCCAAGGCCCUCCAUCCUCUGAUUACAUUUUUGAACGGGAAUCUAAAUAUGGUGCCCACAACUACCACCCUUUACCUGUAGCCCUGGAGAGAGGGAAAGGUAUUUAUGUAUGGGAUUUAGAAGGCAGAAAAUAUUUUGACUUUCUGAGUGCCUACAGUGCUGUCAACCAAGGGCAUUGUCAUCCAAAGAUUGUGAAUGCUUUGAAAAGUCAGGCGGACAAAUUGACCUUAACAUCCAGGGCCUUCUACAAUAACGUGCUCGGUGAAUACGAAGAGUAUGUUACUAAACUUUUCAACUACCACAAAGUUCUUCCUAUGAAUACAGGAGUGGAGGCUGGAGAGACUGCUUGCAAACUUGCUCGUAGAUGGGGAUAUACUGUGAAGGGGAUCCCGAAAUACAAAGCAAAGAUUGUUUUUGCAGCUGGAAACUUUUGGGGUAGAACAUUGUCUGCUAUCUCCAGUUCCACAGACCCAACCAGUUACGAUGGUUUUGGACCAUUUAUGCCGGGUUUCGAAAUCAUUCCAUAUAAUGAUCUGCCUGCUCUUGAGCGUGCGCUUCAGGACCCAAACGUUGCCGCGUUCAUGGUGGAACCAAUUCAGGGUGAAGCAGGCGUUGUUGUUCCAGAUCCAGGCUACCUUGUGGGCGUGCGAGAGCUCUGCACCCAGCACCAGGUUCUGUUUAUUGCUGAUGAAAUACAGACAGGAUUGGCCAGAACUGGUAGAUGGCUGGCUGUUGAUCACGAAAAUGUCAGACCUGAUAUGGUCCUUCUAGGAAAGGCACUUUCUGGCGGUUUAUACCCUGUAUCCGCAGUGUUGUGUGACGAUGAAAUAAUGCUGACCAUUAAACCAGGGGAACAUGGUUCAACGUAUGGUGGCAAUCCACUAGGCUGCCGAGUGGCCAUCGCGGCCCUGGAGGUUUUGGAAGAAGAAAACCUUGCUGAAAAUGCAGAGAAAAUGGGUAUCAUCUUGAGAAAUGAGCUCAUGAAGCUACCUUCUGAUAUUGUAACGGCUGUAAGAGGAAAAGGAUUAUUAAAUGCUAUUGUUAUUAGAGAAACCAAAGAUUAUGAUGCUUGGAAGGUGUGCCUGCGACUUCGAGAUAAUGGACUUCUGGCCAAGCCAACCCACGGUGAUAUCAUCAGGUUUGCACCUCCACUUGUGAUCAAGGAGGAUGAGAUUCUGGAAGCCGUGGAAAUCAUUAACAAGACCAUCUUGUCUUUCUGAGGGUGACAGUUUUCAGUGGUGCCUGGGAGCCAGCUGGAGACAGGCAGUUCAUAAAACUCUUGAGUUUCUGCACUUAAUGCGGGCAUAUUCCACUCCCCCAUGUCAAGGGCUUUUAAAAAAAUAUAUGUUUUUCAGUUCAUACAUAAUAGAAUGACAUUUAUAAACGUGCAGUUUGCUGUGUAACAUAACUAAGAGAAUGUCCUGGCAUCUUAUUUUCGAUUAAGAGUGUGUGUGUGUGUGUGUGUGUGUGUGUGUGUGCGCGCGCGCGUGCGCGCUUUCUAAGGUGAGAUGCAUCUCUCUAUAUAGACAGCCUUUUAAUCAAGCCCCUCAGCAUAAUUUAUAUAUGUUUUAAUAAUUUCCUCGCUGGUAUAAAUUGUAUUUGAAAAAGUUAUAGGAGAGUAUUGCAUAGAAGAUUAGCUUAACCUCAUAAAGUUGAGUCAUAGUCAUUGUAUUUUAGGAAGGAUUAAUGGUUAAGCUUAUAAAAAAUACUAGAUUUAAGUAAACUCCAUAUUGGCUAGCACCAAGAUGUAUUCUAUGAAUGUCAUUACUUUGAAUUAAGAAGUAUUGUUACAAAAAAAAAGAAUUAUUGUUUAACAUUCCUAGAUUAUGUUUUAUGUUUUAAGUGUUUGAUAUAAUUUGUAAAAAGUGUUUAUUUUCAGUGUUUCUUUAAAUUUAAAAUAAAGCUCAUAUUUAAAAUGUCUGCGCUGGGACCAGUGUGUGAUUACUGCGGUGUUAUCAAUUACCUCACAUUUUAAAGCCCUCUGAGAAUGUUCUUACCUGAUUUAUUUCAUGUGUUUUCUAAGAACAUUUUGGUUUCUUUGGUAAUCUCUAGAAAAACAAAUUAUAAAAAGUCUCUUUUAGUACUACCUUUUCCGCUUUCAAAAUAACUGCUUUUUCCCCAUGUGUAUACUAGUAUUUACCAUUUUUAUUAAAGUAUCCUUGUUAUGCAUGG